AUAGCUUCACUUGCACUUGUGUUGGGGCACAGCGUAAUAUACGCCCUCUGGUGAGAGAUCGCAAUACUAAGACCGCGAGAUCUUGAUCACCUACUCACAGACACAGAGAAUAUUCACCGUGCAGUGCAAUGAAAACUUUGGACCACAAUACCAUGGUUGAAGAAAAUGGAUAUAGAUGAAUUCUCCAGCGAUAGUUCCUCUUGUACUGUGUUGGAGAUUAAUGAAGAGGAAGAAACUUGGAACAACGAUUCUGAUGCAGAGGGAGGGAAAAGAAAGAGUAAGAAAGUCAGUAGCAGAGUAAAACGCGAGCUUCAGAGUAACUCUGACACUAGUGAUAAAGAGUGGAAGGAAGGAAGAUCAAAAAAGAAGAAGCUGAAGACAAAACAUAAAAAGAACACUGCAGCAUUUGGAAGAAAACGAUCGGAUAACAAAACAAGCAAAGGAAAAUCCGGGAAAACAAGUACUGUGUCUUCUACAAGGGCAAACAAUAACAUUGAAGCGUAUGGAUUUGAGAGUGAAGCUAUAUUCUCCCAAGUGGUGAAAAAUAAAAAUGACUCCUCCCAGGAAACGAUCAGGCUGACAGAUGAUGAGGAUACACAGAAUGGGGAGAAAUAUAACGUUAAAGUGCCUUCAUUUCACUUUAACAUUAGUGAUGAAGAAAUGGAUGCCGAUGAUGAAGGGCUUCCAAGUCUGGUUAAUCCACAACGUAGAUGUACAACGAAUUCUAGUACAUCUACAGAUAGGAAACUUCAAGGAGAAAAUGGUAGUCUUCACUCAGCAAUGGGAAAGAGGAAGUUUAGUACACAGGAUAUUGAAGACAAAGAGUACUGGUCAGAUUUAGAAGUUAGCAGUUCAGAUGAUGAUACCCCACUUCUGCAACUAGAUCCUGCAAACCUUUCUGUGUCCAAAAAUGAAAGCGUGUCCUUGGAACAAAAGGGGAAUAUUGAAGAUACCGGUCUUACAGAUGAUGGAAAGACAUCAAAGCCACUGUUCACUAUACAGAAACGUUUUUCAUCCUUAUUUAAAUCCUACAGUCCCAUGAAAAAACCAAAGCAAUGUGGUAUAGACAACAAUUCAUUAAGCAAGGAUGACAGAGUUAACUCAGAUUCAAAUUUGAUAAAGAAUCCUGGAGAUGACUUUGAUAGGAAUGAGAAGAAUGUUGAAAGUGAUGAUGAAACUCAGCCAUUUGAUGAUGACAGCCUUCCUGACCUUUCACCUCAGCCUAGAUUUGACCAAUCAACGAAGAGGGAGUCUUCACCUGAAAUUUUUGAAGAGGAAUCAUCUGAUGAAACCACUGAGGUACUGUACACCCAAAUGGAUAAUUGUAUCUACAUAGAGGACUCCGAGGAGGAAGAAUUGUCCCAGUCGCUGUUCCAAGAGGAGGUUAAACUGGAACUGGAUGAUUCCAGUGAAGAAGAAGUGUUUGUACUGGAUGGUAGUGAUGAAGAAAGUUGGCGGGAAAUCCUAGGUCUGGAUGAUUCAGAUGAUGGUGGCUCUAUGAAAAAUGAGGGAAUUGAGCUGCAUAAACCAGAGCAAGGAAAGGACUCAGCUUACCAGAUGUCCACUCAACAGGAUACAGAUUUAUUUACCAAGGCCACUCAAAGAGAUGACAAAGAUCCAUGUACAGGUGCAGCCCAGAUAGACGAGAAAAACCUGUACAAGUGUGCAACUCAAGCUGACCACCAGGACAAACACUCCAGUGAAUCGGAAGACUGCGAUAUUUAUAACAGCACCACACAGCUUGAUGGGAAUGAUGGGAAUAUUAGUAGGAACAGAAAAUCCACGGAACGAGGAAAGUUUUAUGCAAGUUCUACACAGGUUGAUGAAGGACUUUCCAGCUGUGAGGAAUCAGCAGGGAAGAUGGAAACAGGACUUCGUGAAAUAGAUUCAUACUCACAUGCAACUCAAGUGGAUGACUCGAGCCUGACAAAGAUUGCGCGGAGGAAAGAAAUGGUGAAUCUGCAAGCAGAAGACCCUUACUUGUGUGCCACUCAGACUGAUAAAGAUUUUACUGAGAGUGAAAUGCAGGCUGAUGUAGAAUCUCUUUUAAGUGUUACUCAGAUAGAUGAAAAAGACUUAUACUUAACAGAAACACAGAUGAAUGAUCAGUUUUGUUCGCGAAGCUCCACAAAAAUUAGAACAUUACGUGAAGCUGAUCAUGCUAACUAUAAAAACGACUCAUUUGAUGAGCCCACUCAGAAAGAGAGGAUUCAGUUUUAUCCUUACGACAUGGCUACUCAGGCAGAUUCUUCUCAUCACGUGACAGAAAUGGAGAACGAUGACUCGGAGACCGAUGAUGUUGUACUAUUGACAGACACAGAAUCUCAAGACUCGGAUGAAUCACUGCUUGGAGUAAACGAAAACGUGGUUCUAAAGAAAACCGACACCCGAUCAAGUAAACUGUGUGAAAAGAAGAAAAUCAACUCAAAAUUUUCUGAACGUCAACACACACCUGAUGUGUAUGAACUAGCAACUCAGAAGAUGGACAAUGAAGGGUGUGAAUAUGAUGAGUCAAAAACCCAAAAGGCUAGGUCAAAGGUGCCAGACGACAAUAGAAUGGAAAGGAAGAAAGGUGGUGCAAGGAAUGUUGUUGAAAACUUUUACCUGAUGGAAACGCAAGUUCCAGAUCAGUCUACAAACAUACAGAAAGAGGAGGGACAAUCUAGUGAUUCCUGGAGUGAUAUGGAACUAUAUGAAGCAGACACACAGAUAGACUUGCUGUCUGAAACCCAGGGCGCUACAGCAGCCAAAGCAAGCUGUGUCUCGGAAACUGCAAGUGAGAUGACAUCAUCAAAGCCAAGCACAAGUUCAUCUUUGCAUACUCCAUCAAGUCACAUGAUUUCAUCAACAUCGUCCCCACCACAGCAGAUAAGGUUACCAGAUGGACGUUCACGUAACCAAGAGGUAUUUAGUGAUGAUAUGACUGAUGGAAAGACUCGGGUUUAUACAGAUGAAGAACACCAGAGGACAGGUGCUUCCCUGUUGAAGGAAUCUGAAGUUUGGAGUAUAGAGGGGAGAUCAAAUGAUGUUAAAAUGGGCAGAUCAAGUGAUGUUGAAAUGGGCAGAUCAAGUGAUGCUGAAAUGGGCAGAUCAAGUGAUACUGGAAUGGGCAAAUCAAGUGAUGUUGAAAUGGGCAGAUCAGGUGAUGCUGGAAUUGGCAGAUCAAAUGAUAAUGGAAUGGGCAGAUCAAAUGAUGUUGGAACUUUUGCAAAGAAAAUCGGUCAAUCAGAUCAAAGCCGUUCCUCCUACCACCCUCCAAUGUUAAAGCAGGGGACGCCCAUCCGCCUGAGGGCUGCCAUUCCUAUUUCACCUCAGAGGAAAAUAUCCACAAAGGAGAAACGAGAGAUGUUCAAAACUAACAGUUUCUACUCCAAGAAAGAGCUAAAUCUAGGAGACUCAAGCAAAAAAGUCAAUGAGGGUCACUCUAACAGUACAAGUGCAGAAAUCUCAGGUGCCAAUGCUGCAGAAAAAACCGGUGCAAAAACUAUAGCGAGUGAAGCUUCAGGAUGGUUAUCGAAAAAUAGUGGAAAGACUAGAUGUAGGAAAAGACAGCAAAUGGCUAGUGGUAAAAUUCAGACCAAAAAACGAAGGGAAGAGGGAAAAUCGACGGUGAAUAAUGAUGCUGUUAUUCAUGCCAAGGCAACAAUGAUUGCUCGGAACAUGGUUAAAUCCAUCUUACCAGAACCGGUGAAGAAACCAAGCAUUGAUACCACUACAAGCUGUACAGAGGAUGUAAAGAUGCCAGAUUUUCAUGAGGUGGUAAACAAACAGCUGCCUUUAAUAAACACUGAUUACAGACAAUCUCAACCCCAUCAGACAAACCAAGCAGACAGUACCACUAACAGUGAUGUGAGAGGGGUACAUGAAGAGGCAUCCAGGCAGACCGAGAGACAGGAUAACCAGAAACAUGAGGAUAAACAUCUUUCAUCUAGUUCAUCAUCACAUCUUUCAUCUAGUUCAUCAUCACAUCAGAAGUCUAGUUCAUCAUCACAUCAGAAGUCUAGUACAAGAGAAAUACCCUCUAAAACUUCUCAGAGUAGGAGAUUCAGCAAUAGAUCACAAUCAUCAAACUCAAUAGAAACUGAUAAACAGAAAAGUUCAGAUGAGAAAAAUAGUUUAAAAAGUUCAGGUUCAAUAGGUCGGGAUACUGCCAGAGGACCUGGUUCUGAGAAGAAAAGUAGUACUUCUAGAUCCAAUUCAGUAGACAAAAGUAGUACUUCUAGAUCCAAUUUAGUAGACAAAAGUAGUUCAAGUGGUUUAAUUACAAGAGGAAAGGAUCAUGAAUUCAAAUCAUGUGUACAGGAUGGUGAAAAAAGUUCCAGUAAAAAACAUCAAAGUGGUUCAAUUUCCAAUUCAGACAGGGAUGCUUCCAAAUCCAGCUCAACCAAGCAUGAGAGUUCAUGGAGAUCUAGUUCAAAGGAUAAGAAUGGUUCUAACAGAUCUAGUUCAAAGGAUAAGGAUGGUUCUAACAGAUCUAGUUCAAAGGAUAAGGAUGGUUCAGUUAUUUCCAUUUCUAAAGAUAGUUCAUUGAAAUCCAGUUCAAAAGAAAGGGAUAGUUCAGGAAAGCCAAAAUCAGAAUAUAAUGACAUUGCAGGGAGGGCUCAUUCAGGAGAGAAAGGAAGACUGGGAUCGUCUACCUCAACAGGCAAAGGUAGAUCAGGAGAAACUCGCUCAAAAGAAAAGGAUAAUGUGAAAGUGUUAAGUUCAAAAGAAAAGGAUAGUUCACAAAGAUCUAGUUCAAAAGAAAAGGAUAGUUCACAAAGAUCUAGUUCAAAAGAUAAGGAUCAUUCACAAAGAUCUAGUUCAAAAGAUAAGGAUAGUUCACAAAGAUCUAGUUCAAAAGAUAAGGAUCAUCCAAAAAGAUCUAAUUCAAAAGAUAAGGAUCAUUCAAAAAGAUCUAGUUCAAAAGAUAAGGAUCAUCCAAAAAGAUCUAGUUCAAAAGAUAAGGAUCAUCCAAAAAGAUCUAGUUCAAAAGAUAAGGAUCAUUCAAAAAGAUCUAGUUCAAAAGAUAAGGAUCAUCCAAAAAGAUCUAGUUCAAAAGAUAAGGAUCAUCCAAAAAGAUCUAGUUCAAAAGAUAAGGAUAGUUCACAAAAAUCUAAUUCAAAAGAAAAGGAUAGUUCACAAAGAUCUAGUUCAAAAGAUAAGGAUCAUUCAAUAAGAUCAAGUUCAAAAGAAAAGGAUAGUGUAAGAAGAUCCACAUCAAACUCAAAACAUGGUUCAACAAAAUCUCAUUCAAGUUAUGAGAAAUACAGUUCAAAAGACAAAGAUACCUUGAGGAGAACCAUCUCAGAAGAGAUGGAUACUUCAAAUAUAUCAAAAGAUGGAAAUAAUUGUGGGAGAAAUACAUUAGAAUUCAGGAAUGUUGACAAAAAUUGUAAAGAUAAUACGUCAGUAAGUUCUACUGGGAAUUCAAAAUCAAAUAUGGCUGAUCAGGGAAAUUCCCGUACUGUUCCAGAUUCCAGAGAGAGUAAAGAGAAUUCAUCAGAGAAAGCAUCCACCCACUCCAAAACAUAUCCUAGCACCACUGCCUUACAUACGAGAGGAGAGUUAUUGACAACAGGCGGGAUUGUUGAGCUGUUGUUAUCAAAUGGUGUUUCAACUCCUGCAGAGCUAGAUAAUGAAACUCCACAGGGUGUUGGAUGUUUGGACCAGAAUGAGAAAGAGGAGGAGGAGGAGGAGGAGGAUGUGAAGCCUGGAAAACUAGCAAAAGCGGCUGCCGUUGAAAAGCUUUUCUCCUCGCAGGAAGUGGAAGGCGAUGAAUCUAAUGUUAUUAUUAUUGAUGAUGAAGAGGAAGAUGAGGGAGGUAGAAUGAAAUCUAAUUUAAUGACCGAUGCUUUGGGUAUUAAAUCCAUCCUGAACAAAAAAUGCCGUAUGUUCUUUGCUGAAAAAAAUGAUGAAAGUGCAAGGAAAGGGCAACGUAUCAAAUUCAGACUAACACCAGAUCGUACCUCACUGCGGACUCAAAAGUACAUAAACUCCCUCAUCCAUAAGAACAAGACAGGACCUCAGCCCGGGCAGUCGCGCGGACCUUCACCAUCGAGUUGUCAGCCAGUAACAGACAGCAGGGGCUGUGGUACAACAGUGACACAACGAAGGCCCAGUUUUACGAAUCAGACCAGACCAGUAAAGCAGGCAGCACAGUCUAGCAUGGACUCGUCUUGUGUAACUGCCCAUGGUGGACAGGCCAGGGCUGGAGGACGUGAGGGGUCAGACAGGACUUCAGUAAGAGAGAGUGACCACUGUUCCCAGUUCUUCAGUCAUCUUCUACAGUGGAACCCGAUCUGGCUCCAGGAAGCAGUUCGCCUUAGAGAGGACCAUAAUUGUAGAAAAUCUUAUGCACCUCCACCCGUGUCUGGGAAAGUCUUCCCCAUUCCAGAGAAGUUUGACAGCUACAAAGACUAUGUGGACAUAUUCAUCCCUCAUUUGCUGCAGGAGGCCUGGGAACAGUCUUACCAACGCUGGAGGACGCUGAAGAACAUGAAUUCCUAUCCACAAAUCAGAGCUGUUUAUUCAGGAGUUGAGAAAAAUAGUGCAAACAAUGAAAAAUGUGAAAGAUAUACGUGGUACAGUAUAGUCACAAAGGAGACGUAUGACGCAAUGAGAAAAAAUGAACACUUGGGUGAAAAAUUUAUUGUCAUUGUGAAAGAAUAUGGCCAUUUUCUGAAGAGUAAAGAAAAGAGAAUGAAGGACCAUUUUUAUCAACCCAAUCAUUUUGACCAGAUUGCUUACAUAGAGAAAAUUCAACUCCACUCUCAGCGGGGGAAACUGCAGCAAACCAUUAACACAUUUAAAGUUUUAGGAAAUGACCAAGCAGCACAUCAGAGCAAUGCUGUUGUCCUAUGUAUAACUAUCCUGAGCAAACGACGCCCUCUUUUCAAACAUUUACUGCAUGAACCAUCUUUCAUACAGCCUGUGGUUUCUUUGGUAACCAUUGUACGUCAGUUCCAUGCUGUAAGCUGCCUUCCCAGAAGUCCAUUGUAUCAACACAUCCUGAUACCAGGACAGAGAGACGUGUUUUAUGAGAACAUUACUGAAUCUGAGAAGCAGUCACUGAAGUGUUACAACAAUUCUCAGCAGCUAGCGAUCUGUACAGCAUUAAAGAUGAUUCUACAGUAUCCUCGGUCUCCCAAGAUAGGUCUCCUUCAGGGGCCCCCGGGCACCGGCAAAAGUUUUACAGUCGUGGGCAUCGUAGAAAAAAUCUUACAGGGCAGACCCAAUGUCAGGAUUUGUCUAUGUGCUCCAUCCAACAAUGCUGUAGAUCUUUUGAUAAAACGUUUGGAUGACCACAAGAAACAAAAGCGAAACACUGGUAUGACUGUGAAUUAUUUUGCAUCAGCCUUAUCAAUUGUCAGGAUAGGAAACACAGAGUCAGCUCACAAAGAUGUGAAGAAGUUUAGUCUUUCAGAAAUUGUGCAGGACGAAGCUGUUAAACGAAAAAUUGAGAAAAAGAAAGAGAAUAUACCAUCAAGUGUCCUGGCCAACUAUUACCAGCUGAAAAAGAAGAUGGAGGACCUGAGAGAACAGAUAGGGCGAAGUCAGGGUCGGACACAGGAGGUGGAACGUCUAACUGCUGAUUUGAGAAAAUUAGAAAAACGAGUAACAGAUAUGGAGAAAGAUCACUUCACACAAAUUCAGGAUGUUUCCCUUUCGAAAGCAGAGGAGUUUAGAAUCAAACAGCAAAUACUGCAAGCAGCUACCAUUGUCUGUGGGACCCUGUCAGCUUUUGGACAGACUUAUAUAUCUGAUUUACUAAGACAACGGGAACGUGAAGGAAGGCCAGUUUUUGAUUGUGUCAUUGUUGAUGAGGCCUCUCAAGCUAAUGAACUGGAUUGCAUUAUACCCCUGCGGUAUGGCGUAAACAAAUUUAUUUUAGUCGGAGAUCCAGAGCAACUUUCUCCCACGGUUACCUCCAGUAAAACUGCCCAGAAUUUGUUUGGUCAGUCACUGUUUGAAAGAUUUUACCGCCAUUUCCAGUCGUGUAAGGAGACCGAUAGUCCUAUUCUGAUGUUGGACACCCAAUACCGCAUGCAUCCCGAAAUUGCGUACUGGCCGUCACAAUAUAUAUACCAGGGAAAACUGAAAACUGACAGUUCUCUAAGAAAACGUUGCCAGCAGAAUAGUAGAUUGAAACCAUUUGUUCUAUUUGACAUCGAAGAUAGCCAUGAAAAUCUCUCUCAAACAACAGGAUCCUUGAACAAUCCAGCAGAAGUGAAGUUUAUCGUUCAACUGACUUUGGUCAUUCUAAAGUCCACCAGGCCUCGGGACAUUGGAAUCAUUGCCCCAUAUAAAAGCCAGAAACAUCUGCUGUGUACCAGCCUUUCCCAGGAAGGUGUGAAAGAUGUUGAGAUAAGCACGGUGGACGGGUUUCAGGGACGAGAGAAAGAAGUCAUCGUCUUCUCAUGUGUGCGAGCUAAGAGCCAGUCUGGAUCUAUUGGUUUCAUGGCGGACAGGAAGAGGAUGAAUGUAGCUCUGACGCGAGCUAAAUCAGCACUGUACAUAGUCGCUCAUCUGAACUCACUACAAGAGGCUGAUGCAGACUGGAAAAAUCUCAUUGAAGACGCUCGGCAAAGAAAUUUGAUUCACACUGUGGGUUGUAGGAGGGAUUUCAGAAACGCUGCGACAAAUAUUUUGAUCUAGAAAUGAAAUGGACAUAGUAUUCUUUUUAUACGCAGGUCGUAUUAUGAUUAUUAUGGUAUGGCACUGUGGGUAUGUCUGACUGUGCAGAUAAAAAUAGUACUUAAAAGCCUAAGAUCAUCAAACUUAAUACAACUUACACAUAUUCCAAAUGAUUAAAGGAAGUAGCCUAUUGUUUUUCAAGGUCAAACUUGCAUGGGUAAUUUUAUAGACUCAAAACAAGAUAUUAGAAACGUUCUCAAACUUAACACACAUAUUCAACCAUCAUAGACAGGAUGUGUAAUAGCAUGUUGCAGUUUCUGUUGUUUGACUGUUCAUCCAUCAGCACCCUGGGGGAAAGAUAAAAAAGAAUACUACAGGAUAAUCAAACCUAGUACGCAUGUUAUCCAUGUUGAGAGGAAGAUGUCUGUUAUAUCUCAAGGUCAGAACUCAAGGUCAAAACUCAAGGUCACACUUUUAUGAAAAAUUGUGAAGAAAAACAGUACUGAUAAAACUUGAUGUACAUGGUUCACAUGGUGUUGGUGCCAAUUAUAUUUUGAAAAGUAAUAAUUUUCUUAGAACUAAAAUUUUAUUAAAACUAUUAGAUAUUAGAAAAAGUGCUGAAACAACAUUCUCAGAGACGGUUUUUGACUAAAGAAUGGUUUAUUUGCAGUGUUCAAAAUUGGUUUAAAACUUGGUAUAGACCACAGGUCUAUGCCAAAACAAGAUGACAUAGACCUCAUUGAAUUGACACAGACCGCAACAUUGAAAAUAGAACACAAAUGUAAAACUUUCAUUUCCUUCUGAUGUACUUAGAAAGCACAUUUUCUUUCAAAUUCCAUAACAAUUAAUUUCCUCAUUUCCUCAUUAUGUUUAUCAGACGUCAACUGACUAUGUGGGGUCCUUUGGGAUACCUUUAUUGCUUUAAAUCUAGAAAUGGGCAUAGACAAUUUGGUAUAUCUCAAUUACAAUUGGCAUAGACCAGUGUCAUUUGAUAUAGACUCGGUCUAUGGUUAAUUUCAAACACUGUAUUUGGAUGUGAACGUUCCUUUAUUACUACUGCAUUGUUUUAUGUAUUGGAUGUCACUGUUACUUUUGUUGUUCCCCCAGAUCCUGUAAGAAAGCAGCCUCUAGGAUAACUCCUAGAAACGGGGCCAAACUAAGCUCCCUCUAUUAACAAAUUCCUGCAGCACUGAACAUGAUGUGAAUAUUAUGACAUUUUCUGAAAUUUACAAAUAGUAAUAUACACAGAUCGUGAUCGAUGUAUUCUGUGCAUUGGAUAUUUUUUAACAUGUAAUUUGAAAAUGACAAAUGAAAUUUACAUAAACAUUAAAGAUGAACUACAACAUUAGACACUGGCAAUCUUAAGGACUACGUGCCACCAGUUUAGAAUCGUCUACGUUAUUGAUGAUAGACUUAUAAUUCAUAUGUUGAAACAGUCCAAAGAGACGUUAAGUUACCCUCAAAUUUUGGGUAAAUUUUACUGUAGUUGGAUUGAAUUGCUGUAGGUUGUUUUAUCAUGGUUGUCGAUUUGUGUGUGUGAUUCUUUCAUUUUUGUGACAAAUAAUGAUGUUGUACAGUAGACGUUGUUGCAAAUGCUGGAGUUUCAAUGUAAUACCCAGUAUACUGAUAAAUUCCUAGAUUUAAAUCCUUAUUGGUGCUUCUGAAACAUCAUUAGUGUGUUGCCACAGAAAUGCAUUUUAACAUUUCUCACAGUUCACGUAAACUUUUGAAAUUUUUAUGUUUAAUCUCUGAUCCUGUGUUAAAUGUACUUGUUAAUUAGGAAAUGUGUAAUUGAUGUUUGUGGUUGUCUGGUAGAGUUAUAUUUGUGUGCACUCUUAAGGAUGGCCAAGUGCUUACAAAAAGUAGCACUAAUAUGUUACCGCCCCUUUAUUUUUUAAAAAGAAUUCCAACGUGGUUAUAUUGUAACUUUCAGUUUGCUGGCUACUUUCAGUUUGCUGGCUACUUUCGUUUUUUCUUAAAAACUUGACGAACUAGCUCCAGGUUUACAUGAAUGAUCUUAGUAACUCAGGCGAGCGUGUCUUGUUUCAAAUGCUCUAGAUGUAUUUUAUGUUAAUCCCCCAGAUGAUAACUGUUAUACAUAUGUACUUGUGUUUUAAAAUGAUUAUUAAAAUAUGUUCAUUGCUUUAUAUACAUGAAACAUGUAGUUAUUAUGAUUUUGUACUUUCAAUAUAUGUACUUUUUUGCUUCCAAAUCAUUUUACCACAAAUGUGAUUCCAAUGGCAUAUAUAGUAACUGUUGUAGAUUGCUGAGAAACUAGUUUUUAAAACUGCAUAUCCAUAUACCGGGAGAUUAGAAGCAAAUUAUGUCUUGAAUGAUAUAAUGCACCUAUUUACAAGUAGAAAAUUAAUGUUAAUUUUACCAAUUUUUACAUUUAACAAUGUGACAUGAUUAGAAGUUGAAUAAAGAAUUAUAUACACAUUU